AUGGCCGCCGCCGCCUCUGUGACAGGACUGGUCACGUGGGCGCGCUCGCUUGUGAGGUCGCGGUGCCUCGGCAGGCGAUUGUCCCUUUCCGGGCCCCGUCCCGAGGCGGCGACUAUCCCUGUCAACCGGAGCCUGAACGAUCAUGGCAACGGGCUCAGGCGGGGAGCGCGUGGCGGCGGCGGCGGCGGCAGUUUGGUCGCGGGCUGGGGCGGCGGAGCGGCGGCGGCGGCGGUGGCUGUGGCGCCGGCACCGGCCCUGAGUGCCAUGCGGUGCGGCAGCCCGGAUCGGGAGCUGGCGGACGCGGCGGCGGCGGCGGAGGAGGAGCAGCUGAGCGUGGACGCGGGCGCGGCCGGGGAGCCCGAGCACCCGGCGCGGGAGGAGCAGCCUAAGGCCGCGCUCCCGGCCCCUGCGCGACCCCGCGCGGCUGAGGAAGGCGACGUCCGCGUCGCCCGGCGGCUGCCGCCCGCGCUGCCCCUGGCCCCGCCGAGGCCGGCGGCGCGGGCCCUGUGCCAGCUCGCGAAGGCCCGGAGCCGGAGCCGGGGCCGGGGCCGGGGCUACCGGCGCGGCUCGGGUUCGCUGCGUCCGGUCACCGUGGACAGCUCCAAGGCGCGCACGUCCCUGGACGCGCUGAAGAUCAGCCUUCGGCAGCUCAGGUGGAAGGAGUUCCCGUUUGGCCGGCGCUUGCCUUGUGACAUCUACUGGCACGGAGUUUCAUUUCGCGACAAUGACAUACUCUCCGGUCAAGUGAACAAAUUUCCAGGCAUGACGGAGAUGGUGCGUAAAAUUACCCUGAGCAGAGCGCUGAGAAUCAUGCAGAACCUGUUUCCGGAGGAGUACAACUUCUACCCUCGCUCGUGGAUUCUGCCCGACGAGUUCCAGCUCUUUGUCACUCAGGUUCGGAUGGUGAAAGAUGGCGACCCGUCCUGGAAGCCCACCUUUAUUGUGAAACCAGACAGCGGUUGUCAGGGCGAUGGAAUCUACCUCAUUAAAGAUCCCAAUGACAUCCGCAUGACUGGGAACCUCCAGAACAGGCCAGCGGUUGUCCAGGAGUACAUCUGUAAGCCCCUCCUUAUCGACAAGCUCAAGUUUGACAUCCGUCUGUACGUCCUGCUCAAGUCCUUGGACCCCUUAGAGAUUUAUAUAGCCAAAGAUGGACUCUCUAGAUUUUGUACAGAGCCAUAUCACGAGCCGAACCCCCAGAACCUGCACCACGUCUUCAUGCACUUGACCAACUACUCACUCAACAUCCACAGCAGCAAGUUCGUCCACUCUGACAGUGCCAGUACAGGCAGCAAGAGGACUUUCUCUAGCAUUCUCUGCAGACUCUCUUCCAAAGGCGUUGAUAUCAAGAAGGUCUGGUCUGACAUCAUCUCCUUGGUGAUCAAGACUGUCAUCGCCCUGACUCCGGAGCUCAAAGUUUUCUACCAAUCAGACAUCCCUACAGGGAGGCCAGGGCCCACCUGCUUCCAGAUUCUAGGCUUUGACAUCCUUCUGAUGAAAAACCUGAAGCCUAUGCUACUUGAAGUGAAUGCAAACCCCAGCAUGAGAAUUGAGCACGAAUACGAACUCUCUCCAGGGGUGUUUGAAAAUAUCCCCAGCCUGGUGGAUGAAGAGGUGAAGGUGGCCGUGAUCAGAGACACGCUGCGCCUCAUGAAUCCUCUGAAGAAGAAGGAGAUGCAGUCUCAGCAUCCUGGAAAGCCUUUCACUGGGAAGGAAGACCUGGACUGUGACCCGACCGGUGAUCCCGACUCCAACCCCGAAGCCCACCUGCCCUCCAUUUGCCUCAAGCAGGUGUUCCCCAAAUAUGCCAAGCAGUUCAACUAUCUACGCCUGGUAGACAGAAUGGCCAAUUUGUUUAUCCGAUUCCUGGGAAUCAAAGGGACAAUGAAGUUGGGACCAACUGGCUUUCGGACCUUCAUAAGGAACUGCAAGCUGAGUAGCAGCAGCCUGUCCAUGGCUGCAGUGGACAUCCUCUACAUUGACAUCACAAGGAGGUGGAACUCCGUGACCCUGGACCAGCGGGACACAGGGAUGUGUCUCCAGGCAUUUGUCGAAGCUUUCUUCUUCCUGGCCCAGAGGAAGUUCAAGCUGUUGCCUCUGCAUGAGCAGGUGGCCUCCCUGAUUGACCUGUGUGAAUACCACCUGUCCCUGCUGGAUGAGAAGCGCUUGGUGUGUGGCCGGGGCCGGCGCCCCCAAAGUAGUCCUUCUCAGGAGACCAACCCCACAACCCAGUCAGCCACAGGCAGCCCUGCACCCCGCAUAAAUGGUGCUAAUAAGCUGUCCCACUCUAGACACACUCUUUCCUGAAGGCCCCCCUGCCGUCCUGGAAGAAGGUGUGCUCUCGGGGGCUGAGUACCCUGGGCUGCCCUGAUCUGUGGGGCGCCACCAGGGUCCCAGCUGCAAUGGCCGGGAGUCCUCUGUGUUCUGCAGGGCUCUCACCUCCCAUGGCUAAUUCUUGCCCACCCUCCUCCCAGCACCUCAUGGUGACCCACCCUGCUUGUGAGUCAUCAGUAGACGUAUGACACCUGAGCUGUGACAGAUGGCACCUAAUGUUCCGGGUUCCUGGGAAGCACCAACUGAGCAGUUCUUUUGUGCUUGGGGCCACAGAGGAGUGGAGGAUGGGAGAAAGGACAGACCAUCUCAAAGCGAGGAACCGUGAGUGCGAAGUCACACCUGCGGUCUGCUGGGGCCUCCACGAGCCUGCUGGUCAGAGCUCAGGGUUGAAGCAUCGCUUUCCUUCCACCUGUCCUCUGAAAGAAGUAGAAUAUCAAGAUAGCAGACACCCCAAUCAUGUGCUAUAUGGGUGUAUUUAACAGAGUAACCUCACGUAUUUCCUUAACUUGCUUGUCGCUGCAGUGAUUGAUUUAUUACUAGUUAAGAAAUCAGUUCUUCAGUCUCCCCAUCCAGGGAGAACAUAAGGCCCAGAGGAGAGACAGGACAAGAAGUGUGUGCAGAGGGCAUGGGGGUCUAGACCUGAGUAAUCAGUGUUCUCGAAUGCUCUACUGUGGGGAUGCUUGUUGACCAGCCACAGAAGCUGUACAGGGCCUAUUAAACAGAGCUUUAACUUGA